CAGUGGCGGAGCUUGUAUGGGCGGGAAUGGUCGGCAACAGCGGCACAAGCGCGUCGCUAUCGCGAGGAGGUGCGGCGGAAGCUGGCCGCGGGGGAGAAAGACGAUGAUGAUGGCGAAGACGAAGAAGACGACUAUGAAGCCGAUGAAGAAGAAGCCGCCGUAGAAGAAGUGAACGAAGUGAAAGAACUCACCGAGGGCGUAUCAGCAGAAGAAGAGAGAACAGAAGGGACGAAAGAGAAAGAGGAGGAGGAGAGCAAGGUGGACGAGGUGUACGCGAGUCGCUCCGCGGAGCACGAGGAGUACAAGCGCGAUCUGCCGCUCGUGCGCGGGCUCACGUCGUGGAAGCAAUUCUUCUGGCUCCGAAGGAAAUUGGAGCGCUCCAAAGAAGUGGAGGCGAUACUCGGGGCCGACCCACACGAGAGGACUGCGGCCAUGUACCUCGCCGGCGGGUACCACCUCUACGAGAAGCGGCCCAAGGUGGAAGACGACCCGAUGCAGUGGAACGAAGACCGAGACGACCUCGACACGCGGAUGCUCUACUUGAACAGGAGGGACAUGCGUGCGGCCUACACGGGCCUGGGCAACGUGUCCAUCGAGUUUGCCGUCUAUCAAAAGCAUUGGCCCCCGAACGCCACGAUAAAGGCCAUCGAGCACUCCUACCUGGCCGGUGUGAUACGAACGUACGGUGAUUCGGACAUCCACACGCACGAAGAAGCCAUCGCAGUGUUCAAGAGUGCACUCGAGCUCUUCCCCGACCAAGCAAAUAGGACUGAGGAGGAAAACGAGGAGUGCGCCUACAUUAUGCACGAGAUCGCCACCAAACUGUUCGAGCAGGAUCAACCGCUGGAGGCGCUUGAGUGGUACAUCAAGGCGAUCGACGAGUACGAGCUGGCGAUCCACGAGUUCUCUGCGCCGCUGCUUCUUUCCAACAUGGCCGCUUUGCACCAAACUCGUCUGUCGCGCGCUGGAGCAGAUGCCAUCAAGGAGCAGGCGGAGCUGAUACCGGCCCUCGAGGCCAAGCUGUCGCUGAUCGAUGAAGCCGCCAGUAUAUACGCUGAGGCACAGGAGUUAGUAGCCCUCGGAGACACGGACAUGUGCAUCCAGUUGAUCCACGGGCUCGCUGUGGUCUACCUCACGCGAGCCUGUUUUCUCGACAACCACAUCUCUGCGGACUACGACCGUGAGCCAACCGAGGUGCUUGGCGAACGGUUGGCGGCCUGGCGGAAGGACCUGCAAGAGUCCGUGGCGCAAGCCGAGCAAAUUCUCAACAGCACGGACAGUGCGCUGAACGAUCCCUACACCGACUUUUGCUUUGCUCGAAUCUACGCAGUCUCGCGUCGGUUCGAUGAGUGCCGAAAAUGGCUGGAAAAGUGCCGGCACAGGCGGUACCUGGGCAAGAUGCGGAAGCUCCACCGGCUGGCGUUCAAGAACGUGGAGGACCAAGCCUGGUUCCAGCGCAUGGUCGACGAGCAGACCGCCGCUUCGGGCAGCCUCUGCAUCCCUGAAGAUGACCCCAGCGACCUACCCAGCACCUAG